UUGGUGCUGAGCAGGUUUAAAAGUCAGAUACGUUUGGGAUCUUCUCCAGUCCAGGAGCUGAAGACGUUCUCACCAUGGCCAAGACUGCUUUCCUGAUUCUCGCACUUUGGGCAGCAGGUGUGACUUCGUCUGUUGUUGAAAAGCGUUUGGUAUCUGCAAUUACGUGUCCUGAUACUGAGAAACGCUAUCAUGUGCGGGUGGUGCACGAGUUUCAUGAUGGGAAGAGCAUGACGUGCGGUGGAACUCUCAUCCAUAAACACUGGGUUAUAACUGCAUCUCACUGCUAUGUCGGAAGAGACGGCACGUUGAAAGUGGAGAUCGGUGGCCAUCCGAUGACAGCUGUAAAGAAACAACUGCGUAUUAAAAAGAAAAACAUCAGGGUUUAUGCCGAGAACCUAAAAGAACCCAUCAUGUUGCUGAAGCUUCCAGAGUCUGUGAAAAAUAUCAAGCCUGCUUUGCUGGUGCCUGGAGACUGCAUAGCUCCGAAAGAUGGAGAGGAACUGCAGGUUUCUGGCUACGGUGCCACGACAGCUGAAGGAGGUCCGGGUGUAAAAGAUCUGAUGUGCCUGGAAGUUAAAAUCCUCAGCAAGAGUCACUGUCCAGAUUUGUCCGGCACCAACUAUGAGAAGUUCACCUAUAUCUACUGUGGGGGAGGAGUCGGUGGUGCAGAAAUCAAAGCCUGCCAGGGUGAUUCUGGUUCCGGUCUCCUGAAGAAAGAGCUGGUUUCGAAACGUGUAUUAUUUUUGAAAAAGGAGAGGACGGCAGAUGUGCUGUAUGGAGUUCUCCUUAGUGGGCAAGAUGCAUGCGAAGAUAAAUUUGUUUUUGUUGACCUCUGUGCCAAAAAGAUAAAGAAGUGGAUAGAUAAACUUGUGUCAUAAACCUUGAAGAGGCUCUUGCAAAGUCCUAAUAUAUAA